AUGGCGACCACUGGGGAUCAACUACCAGGCUGCACGAUUCCCGAUAGUUGUAUGCUGCAUCCGGGUCAAGGACUUGCGCGUCGAGAUGCGUUCUGCGAGAACGACCUCAAAUGCAUCUGCAAGGCCGACAACCACCUUGGGAACAAUAGCCUGUUCUCGAACGAGUGCCUGUUGAGAGAGUGCACCGAUGGGCACGACCGCAAGCUGUUCCUAAGGAAUUGGCUGGAGUCGUGUCGACAGAUUGGCAGGUCCGGCUGGGAUGACAUGCCGUGGGACUGGGAGCCAUAUCUCCCGAACGAUGGCGAAGUGCUUCUUGGACCAACGACGCUCCUGAACGCUCCACCUGCGACUACACCCAGCACAGAGCCUUCAUCUGUGUCUGUACUCACAUCCACUGCGGCUGUUGCCACUUCGCUGCCUGAGGGUUCCUCGUCGACAUUCAGCACGACAGCCUCCAGUAGUCUGGUAGACACUUUCGACAUCUUGUCGACGCCUACGACGAGCCUAGAGACAACCUCAAAAACAUCACAGCCUGUCAUGAUCACCUCCCACACCCUGAGUCCCGGCGCAGUCGGCGGCAUCGUGACCGGUAUCCUACUGCUCGUUCUCUUUUUCGCCGGUCUGGGAUUCUUCUACUGGAAGGCCAACAAGAAGGCGAAGGAGAAGAACAAGGAGGUCGCUAUCUUGAGCGACAGAGUCAGUGGAUGUGGCUUCCAAAGGCGCAUCGACGAGCUUCUUGCUGAAAGCAAUGGCUCCACUGGCACCAUCUUGCGACACCAUGUGCCGGCACCUGCAGAACUGGCUGGCGCGUCGGCUUCGACGGUGGGAGUGACGAGUGCGAGUAGUUCGGUGUACAGCGUUGACAGUGCUCGGGCUAUGUGA